CCUGCUCACUCCAACUCACCCGACAGAGAGUGGGGAACAGAAAGCCCUAGUCUUCCACGCUCUUCCCCUUCGUCUCUCUCCCCCCCCCCCCCCCCCCCCCCCUGCCGUGGCGGCGCGGCGGCGCGAUUCCUUUGCUGCUCGGCGGCAGCGGCCGACGGAAGCAGCGGCCGGGGUAGCAGCGACGGCAAGGCUCGGUUCUCUCCUCUCCCUCCCAACCAAGCUUUCUCCGAAGUAUGGCUUGUGGACAAGUGUAGACCUGUAGACAAAGAGACAAAGAAAUUGCUGACAUAAGUCCUUAUUUGAGAAAGAUCAGUUGUCAGCUUACAAUGGCUGGAAAUCAGCAGCCGGCUUCAGUUGUGUUGGAUUAUGCAGCAGUCCUCGACGCCAAACCCUUGCGCACACUGACCCCCAUGUUCCCUGCACCGCUAGGGAUGCACACUUUCACCCCUAAAAGCUCAUCUUCAGUUGUCUGUGUCACCCCGUUUGGACCAUAUGCUGGAGGUACCGAACUGGGAAUGCCUGGUGGUGUUCCGCCAAUGUUAACAUCACCGUCCGCUUCUGCAGAUCCCAAGCAGGUGCAGCCAUAUACGGUUCAUAUGAAUGGAACUUCUAAUGCUAAUGGUACUACAAGCAACACAAUGGUUACCCCUGUGUUGCAAACUCCUCCAGCAGUCACUACACAGGAGUCUGGUAAGAAGAAGAGGGGGAUGGUUACCCCUGUGUUGCAAACUCCUCCAACAGUUACUACACAGGAGUCUGGUAAGAAGAAGAGGGGGAGGCCCAGGCGUGUGCAAGAUACAACUACUGUUCCCCCGGUUCCUCCAGUUCAACCGGUUCCUACAGUUCAUUCAGUUCCUUCAGCUCCUCCAGAAGUUAAUAAUAUUGUUCUCCAGACACCUACUUCAGCCGUCUCACAGGAAUCUGGUAAGAGGAAGAGGGGACGACCCAAGCGUGUGCCAGAUGUUUCUGUCUUAUCAACUCCAGUGCCUGUAGCAGAUGGUACGCCUAUUUUACAGACACCUCCUGCAUCUAGUGUACAUGAAUCUGUUACAAAGAAAAGGGGGCGGCGAUCCAAGCUUGUGCAGGAUAUUUCAGAUACUUCAACUCCCCCAGUUCAUUCAAAAGAGAGUGAGCCCUUUAUGCAGACUCCUGCAGUCACCGUAUUGGAGGAUGGUAAGAGGAAGAGAGGGCGGCCGAAGCGUGUGCCUGAUAGUUCAGUGACUCCUUCAAGUCAUUCUGUCCUUACAGUAGAUGUUGACAGUGGUGACACAUCAAAACGUGGCCGGCCUAGAAAAAUUGACACAAGCCUAUUGCACCUGCCAUCUUUGUUUUCAGACGAUCCCAGGGAAUCCACAGAUAAUAUACUUAUGAUGUUUGAUGCACUGCGACGGCGGCUCAUGCAGCUGGAUGAGGUGAAGCAAGUAGCAAAACAGCAGCAAAACUUGAAGGCUGGGAGUAUCAUGAUGAGCGCUGAACUUCGCCUCAGUAAGAACAAGAGGAUUGGAGAGGUUCCAGGUGUUGAGGUUGGUGACAUGUUCUACUUCAGAAUUGAGAUGUGCCUGGUAGGGUUAAAUAGUCAGAGCAUGGCAGGGAUAGAUUAUAUGUCUGCUAAGUUUGGUAACGAGGAGGACCCCGUGGCCAUUAGUAUUGUGUCAGCUGGUGUGUAUGAGGAUGCUGAAGAUAAUGAUCCAGAUGUUCUGGUUUACAGUGGACAUGGCAUGUCUGGUAAGGAUGACCAAAAGCUUGAGAGAGGUAAUCUUGCACUGGAGAGAAGUUUGCAUAGGGGUAAUCCCAUUAGAGUCGUUCGCACUGUGAAAGACUUGACUUGUUCAACUGGUAAGAUAUACAUAUAUGAUGGCCUUUACAGGAUCAGAGAAGCCUGGGUAGAGAAAGGUAAAUCUGGUUUCAAUAUGUUUAAACACAAGUUGCUCAGAGAACCUGGACAACCUGAUGGCAUUGCAGUGUGGAAGAAGACUGAAAAAUGGAGGGAAAAUCCAUCCUCUAGAGAUCGUGUUAUAGUGCACGACAUAUCAUACGGUGUGGAAAGUAAGCCUAUCUGCCUUGUAAAUGAGGUUGACGAUGAGAAAGGUCCUAGCCACUUCACGUAUACAACUAAACUUAACUACAUGAAUUCCCCAAGCUCAAUGAGAAAGAUGCAAGGCUGCAAAUGCACAAGCGUAUGCCUACCCGGUGAUAACAACUGUUCUUGUACGCAUCGAAAUGCUGGUGACCUUCCUUACAGUGCUUCGGGCAUACUUGUUAGUCGGAUGCCUAUGUUAUAUGAGUGCAAUGAUUCAUGCACUUGUUUACAUAAUUGCCGGAACCGGGUUGUACAAAAAGGUAUCAAGAUCCACUUUGAGGUGUUUAAAACGGGAGAUCGAGGCUGGGGCCUGCGUAGUUGGGAUCCAAUCCGAGCAGGCACAUUCAUCUGUGAAUAUGCAGGUGUAAUUGUUGACAAGAAUGCUCUUGAUGCAGAAGAUGAUUAUAUCUUUGAGACCCCUCCUUCGGAGCAGAACUUAAGAUGGAACUAUGCACCAGAAUUACUGGGUGAACCUAGUCUUUCUGACUUAAAUGAAUCAUCUAAGCAGUUGCCAAUAAUUAUUAGUGCAAAAUAUACUGGUAACAUAGCUCGCUUCAUGAACCACAGCUGCUCACCUAAUGUUUUUUGGCAACCAGUUCUGUAUGACCAUGGUGAUGAGGGAUAUCCACACAUCGCAUUCUUUGCAAUUAAGCAUAUUCCUCCAAUGACAGAGCUUACAUAUGAUUAUGGUCAGAGCGGUAAUUCAGGGUGUCGGAGGUCUAAAAGUUGCUUAUGUUGGUCUCGCAAGUGCAGGGGUUCCUUUGGCUAAAUAAUCAACCCUUAAGGGAUACUUUCCUAGUUGAAGAUCCUGUUAAAUGUAUGCCUGGGUCGGAAUCUGAUGACCUUAUCCUUGAUGAACAGAAGCAGCUUAUGGUGGCGGCGGCAUUAUGGGUGUGGUGUUCCAGCCACAGUUGAAAUAACUUUGCUGCCUCUUUCUAUCCGGGGUUGGAAUGCGGGGUAGAGUACAAACGACUAGAUGUUGUAAUAAAGGGCAAGCUAUGCUUCUGUGGUGUUGUUAGUUGUAGUUGUCUGCUCCGGUUUAAGACCACCCAGUGGAAUUCCUUCUAUGUAUUGUCAUUGCGAAGAUGUUUCAAGCCUGCAGUGAAUCUAUCGUUUUCGAUUUGUAA